AUGCCUUUGCCUACAUGGCGAAAGACUGGGAGAAAAGCCAAUGCAAGGCACUUUGAGGGACUGGAAGUUGGAGCUUACAUUGAAUUCGUCGGCUACAACGAUCAAAACCGGCAACAGGGGAGGAUCCUGGGUUGCCUGGCUGAGACAGAGCCAUGUCACAGCCGAGAACGUGGAAUGGCGGCUCAGGUCCAUGUUCUUGCCAUUGAGGACGAGUACUUUGAGUACUGGCACAACCAGACGUUUGGAGAAUAUGAUGUGAGACUACUGACACCAGUCCACUUCUGUGAGGUCCCAAUUGCAAGCUGCCAAGGGCAGACCCGCUAUCGCAAUCCCCUACACGUUGACGUCUUCCGGGUGCUGUCUCUUGAGGACACUGCCACCCUUGGAUGGCUCACUGAUGUCCAUCGGGGGGCCGGUGUUGAGCCAGGAGCACCCGGGAUUGCAGGGCUUGCAGCGGCCCUAGGUGAUCGAGAUCGAGGAGACCUAGAGAACCAAGCUCGCCUAGGAUGGAGGCGGCUGAUGAGCGCGGCCAGGGGCCAGGACGUCGUGAGCGAGGAGACGAACGUGACCGCCCAAAGAGACGAACUCAGCAUGGAGCGACUGAGACGUGUUCAUCAGAAGCACCCAGGUCGCAUAGCGUCCCGAAGUCUUCAGAGAUUGCAAGAGCUUCUGAUGAACGCUCAGGGAAGGGGAACGGCAUUCCAGGAGGAGGAGACAGCGAUGCUCCCUGCGGUGGCAGUGGGUUACCUGACGCAGGUAUUUUUCCAGCAGCAUCCACCGAGCGUGGUGGGGCUCCGGUCAAGCAAGGAGCUGCGCACUUUAGCGCAUUGCAUAGAUCUGAUUUGCCGGAACGAUCCACUGAGAAGCCUCGAUGUGAUGAUUCAGAGACUAAAGGCCAUCGAGCUCUCCCACAUCCAGGGCAACUGGCAUCAGGCCUCGCAGUUGGAGCUCGUGAUGUCGGAGGAUCAAUUGGCGACAUUCCGACAGGAGGUCAAAGCAGCUCAGCAAGAGGUGAAAGCGGACUUGGCCCUGCAACAGGGAGCAGGCCAGAGGAGAUGGUCGAGACCCUGGAGAUACGAGGCGCCCGGGACAGGGGACGCUCCAAAGACCGGGGACGGAACCGAGGAAAGGCAAAGGAAAAGGCAAGAAGGGGGGCAAGAAAGGAGGGUAUCGAUGGUGAGUGACCUACCUCCGUUGCGGCUAGAAGUGCUUGAACGAGCAGUUCAUUCAGAGGGCAUUGAGUCAGGUGAUCGUGAGGAGCUCCUGGCAGCCUUCCAACUCCCCAAGAUGCAGGAACUGUUCAAAGUUGUGAUCGAGAGCUAUGUUGGCGAAGAUGUCAGAAAGGAGGCAGAGACUGAAUUUGCCAGUGUGUUGAUUGAUGGACUGGGACGUACAGAGGCUGAGAAGUUCCAAGCCGUUCAACAGCACUUCAAGCCUCUCUGGCUGGAUGAGGUGCCCGCCAUGAUUCCUGGUUGUGAGCCCGCAGAGGCGCCAGAACCGCCCCAUCACCACGGUGACGUUGAUCCUCAGGGGGCUGGUGUCAUACUAGACAAGUAUAAGAACUGCGAGUUUCAUGAGUGGAGUGGACUGGCGCUGAUGGAGGCGUCUACGUGGGAAAAGGAGAAUUACCAGGACUCGCUGGACCCCCAGCUGGUGGGACAGGCCCUAGACGGGAGGCACUUUGUGAAGGGCAAGGUGGCUGUCUCCUUUUGCGGCGUGGUGCUCAAGAUGGUAUUGAGGGCCCGCCCUGGGCAUUUGGGAACGUUCGCACGUUCGCUGCCCUGCUGCACUCGGAAGCAUUUCAGACAGUCGCCCAUUGACCUUCUGCCGAUCAGGCUUCCCCAAGAUACCUUGGAAGAAAAGGCCCUCAUGAAGAAGCUCAACGGUAUGUUCACCCGGAAUGAGCCACCUCCAGCUGACCUUCAGCCCCUUUUAGAGGAGGCACAAGUCUGUGGAGAGUCGGCAUGGCUUUGGAUACAGAUCCUUUUGCUCGACUAUUUGUACUGUGGCGGCGCGCGACCUCUGGGGCGAGUGAUGCCGCACCCGGCUGAACCCACAACAGAACAAAAAGGUGCCAUCGAUCGGUUGAGGAAGUUGGUGAAGUUGUGGCUUGAAGAUACGACCGAGGAGCUUGAGGUGAAGAGCUGGGAAAAACAGUCACAAGACCUUGGUGACAUGUACACGGGACAGGAGAUUCGCAAAGCCUACAAGUUGACCUGGGCCAGCAUAGCACCACACGUCCCAGGGCCCGGAGAGCCAGCCCUGAGACCCUAUGUGAUUGACCCUGAGCUGGUGCGAAUUCCGGAUGAUGAGCUCCGUGAGCCCCCACCAGCAGCACCAGUGCUGGUUGAGAACAACUUUGAAUAUGAUCGGAUCAUCAGUCAUCUGGUUGAGUCAGGGAUGAUGGAGCGCGAGGUUGAGGCCGAAACUCUCACGGUGUCUCUUCGGGGUCCAUAA